GAUAGAUUCUGCACCAGAAAACACCGCGGCCGUCACAACGGCGUCAGUGGGGCGGCCGCGGGCCCGCGGCCACGCACCUAAUCUCUCAAUUCUCAUCUAUUUAAGCGGAUCCCGCUCAUACCCUCCGAGAAAAGCGGACCGGAUUGCGGGUUCGUUACCUUCCAGUUUAUAUCCGGGCGGCGCCGGGGAUGGCAGCGGCGGACGUGGAGGAGCUCCGGCGGAGGAACUCGGAGCUGGAGAGGGAGGCGGCGGAGGCGCGGGAGAGGGAGGUGGAGGCGCGGAGGGAGCUGGAGCGGACGCGGGAGAGGCUGAGGGCGGUGGAGGAGGCGGAGGAGCGUCUGAGUGUAGAGAUCGGCGAGCUGGAGGCGGAGGCGGUGGUGCAGGCCCGGGAUUACCUCCUCCGCAUCAAGGCACUCUCCGACCAGCUCACUACAGCCCACGACAUCCUCACCUCCGCCGGCUUCCACCACAAUCUCGUCGCCCUCAACAGAUCAAAUUAGAAACCAGAGUUAGCUGCUGCUGCUACUUAAGCUGGAGCUUGAAGCCAAGUCGGCUUGCAUUCUUGCGCUCUGUUCUCUUCUUCUUCUUGUUGUUUUACUUUGCUUGGAUCAUGUACAUGCAGUAGGAGCCGUUGGUGACGGUGAGUGUGGAGACACUUACCGUGUGUGUAAUUUAGUUCUGUUGAUGCUAAUUAAGUUGCAAUAUAUUUAUCCUUCUAGCGACGGCGAUUCUUGGCUGUCAUUA